AUGGAUCAUUUUAACAUCGAGAUGGUUAAUUCGGUGGUAGAUAGUGAUAGAUUAUCUAGUCAGCCAAAUACGCGUAGCAUAAACAUUAAUGACAUAAGAACCGAUGAUUGCUUGAUCAAGCGUUCCAGAUCGGUAGAUAAUGCUUUCCUUGAAGCCAGCAGCUGCGAGAGCACUUCUCGGAAACGAAGACAGCGUCAUAAUAAUCAUAGAUGUGUUGGAUAUGUUUAUUCAAUGGCGUACGCUGAUGUUGCCGCUUUGUUACCUUCUAAUUAUGAUCGGAGCCUCCUUGUACAUUCAUUGAUUGAGGCGUACGACAUCUGGAACAGGGUCAUUAUUAUUUCGCCUUACGCGGCUACCGAUGAUGAACUGGCAGCGUUCCAUUCGAGCGAUUUUGUUGAAUUUAUGCUCCAGGCAGAGAAAUACGACGAGAAUGUGAAACAGAACACAAAGUCUACAUCAGAUGAAGAGUCUUCUUAUGAGGAAUUACUUUCAGACUAUGGUCUAGAGCAUGAUUGCCCAGUAUUCAAAGGUUUGGGGGAAUAUAUACGCUUGGUAGUCGGCUCAACAAUAGCCGCAGCACAGGCUCUCAACAAGGGAGCAGUUGAUGUUGUCAUUCACUGGGAUGGAGGGCGCCAUCACGCGAAAAAGUCAUCAGCUCAAGGUUUCUGCUAUGUGAACGACAUAGUCAUAGGUAUCAUCGAACUGCGUAAGAAGUUUGAUAAAAUUCUCUACAUCGACCUCGACUUGCAUCAUGGAGAUGGUGUAGAAAGCGCAUUUUUAUACAGCGAUAAAAUUUUGACCCUGUCAUUUCACCAUUACGCUGUUGGAUUCUACCCGGGUACAGGUAAACUGAACGACAUCGGUCAUGGCCUUGGUCUUUAUCAUACAAUCAACGUACCCCUCAAGCGGGGCUUGAAUGGAUCAUUGUUCCGCCGAAUAUUUUCCCAAGUAACAAAACAAACAUUUGAAGCUUUUAGGCCUGAUGCAAUUAUAAUUCAAUGUGGAUGCGAUGGUCUAGCAGGAGACCCGUCACGUGAAUGGAACUUGGACAUUGAUAACUUUGGCAAAUGUGUGCGUCAAGUCGUAGAAUGGAAUAAGCCUACGCUAGUCCUUGGUGGAGGUGGAUAUAACCAUGCAAACGUAGCACGCUGUAAUGCUUAUAUUACAAGUCUACUAACAAACACGCCGAUAUCCGAGGAUAUACCUGAACAUAAAUACUUUGAAGAGUACGGCCCCGAUUUCUCACUUCUGAUAGAUCCUGGAAAUCAACAAGAUACAAAUGAUGAAGAUUAUAUAGUAUCUAUCUUAUCCACUAUUGAAAAGUAUUUGGAGACAGUUAGAAGCAAAAGGGAAUCGUACCAUCAAAGAGAUAUAUCAAAGUCGUAG